AUGGAUGAAUGUUCUAGUACAACAACAACAUCUUUUUCUUUACAAAACAAACCAAAAACUUCAAUUUAUCGUUUUGAUUUAAAUUUAAAUGGAAGAAGACUUGAUGCUUCUACAAAUUUGAUAAUUUUCCGAGCUGUCCAAAUGCGUGCUCUUCUCUUUUUUAAAAAUUAUUUGGAACAAAUGGAAUACAAAUCAAGGAAAAGAUGGAUUGGAAAAAUUUAUGAAAAAGUUGUUGGUGAAAGUCAAGAGGUCAAAGCAGCUUUGCGUGUCUCUUUACGUCAAUUAAAAAUUGCUCAAAUUUUGGGUGAUCCAAUUUCUAUUGCUCGUUGUUAUCUUUAUAUUUCACUUGGAUUGGCACAAGAUGGACAUUUUAAAAAGGCUAUAACAACUGUGAGGGGUAUUUGGAAGGAGAAUAUUAUUUCUCUUCAUUCUGAAUUUCUCAAAAAUUGUACUUUGGGAGUUUGGAUGACUAUAAAAUGGAUAAAAACGAGAGAAAAAACAUUUUUAAGUUAAGUUAAACUUUUUUUGUAAUUUUUACAAAUACUUGAAAUAAAGGAAUUUUUUAUAUUGAUAGUUUUCUAGGGUUCGGGACACAUUUUUGGUAGGGGAAGUGAUAAUUGGAGAGGGGUGGAGGUAUAUUAUUUGGGAUCAUUUUGUGGAUUCAGGGAUAUGUAAUUGGAGGUGGAGGUAUUAUUUAGGGUCGAUUUUUUGGUAGAGGUGAGGGAUAGAUAUAUUAUUAUCGGGUGGUAGGAAGGGAAGGUUGGAGGAGGGGGGAGUAGUUGAGACUUUU